AUGUAUUUGAUCUGUGCCUGACAUCGUGAUAGAGACGCCGCCAUAUUGAGUAUUGAGGCGGCUGCCGUGCAAUUAAAAUUGAACUAUUAAAGUGUUGUGCAAAAUAUCCAACGGAGGAGGAAUUAUAUGCCGCAUGGAUAUUUAUUUAGAGGCCGCUCGCUGGUGAAGUGGUUCGUCGGCCGGUGACGCGGCGGCCGGUGAGACGGGCACGGCUUGCUGGUGAUCAAGACGGUGACGGUGACGCGUCGGUGACGUAGCGGCGAGAUGGAGUGCUGUCUGUCGGAGGAGGCCAAAGAGCAGAAGCGCAUCAACCAGGAAAUCGAGCGGCAACUCAGGCGGGACAAACGAGAUGCCAGGAGGGAACUUAAACUGCUUCUGCUCGGCACUGGUGAGUCCGGCAAAUCGACGUUCAUCAAGCAAAUGCGAAUUAUUCACGGCGCUGGUUAUUCGGACGAGGACAAACGCGGCUUCAUCAAAUUGGUCUAUCAAAACAUAUUCAUGGCGAUGCAGAGCAUGAUACGAGCCAUGGAUUUGCUUAAGAUACAAUACACGAUUGCAAACAAUUCAGAAAACGCGGAAUUAAUACGUGGAGUAGAUUUCGAAACAGUGACGACGUUUGAGCAGCCCUAUGUGCGUGCGAUCAAAGAACUCUGGUCGGACAGCGGCAUUCAGGAAUGCUAUGAUCGCCGGAGAGAGUACCAGCUUACGGAUUCGGCUAAAUAUUAUUUAAUGGAAAUCGACCGAGUGGCAGCACACAGCUACCUGCCGACCGAACAAGACAUUCUACGUGUUCGAGUGCCGACUACUGGAAUCAUUGAGUACCCAUUCGAUUUAGAGGAGAUUAGGUUUAGGAUGGUAGACGUCGGCGGACAGAGAUCAGAACGAAGGAAAUGGAUCCAUUGUUUUGAAAAUGUUACGUCCAUAAUAUUUUUAGUAGCGCUCAGCGAAUAUGACCAGAUUUUAUUUGAAUCUGAAAAUGAGAAUCGAAUGGAAGAGUCAAAAGCGCUAUUUAAAACCAUCAUAACAUACCCAUGGUUUCAACACUCUUCUGUGAUCCUGUUCUUGAAUAAGAAGGAUUUGCUGGAGGAGAAGAUCAUGUAUUCUCAUUUGGUUGAUUAUUUCCCAGAAUAUGAUGGUCCUCAACGUGAUGCUAUAGCAGCUCGAGAAUUUAUUCUAAGAAUGUUUGUUGACCUGAAUCCAGAUAGUGAGAAAAUUAUUUAUUCACAUUUCACAUGUGCCACAGAUACCGAAAAUAUCCGAUUCGUGUUCGCUGCCGUCAAAGAUACGAUACUACAAUCGAACUUAAAGGAAUAUAAUCUCGUAUAGGAGAUUGCUGAAUUAACAAUUAAA